CACCGGUCGGUUCAUUCGUGUUACGUCCGUCGACAUCGCCAGCCGUAGCUCGUUUUGUCCAAAACGUUCUCGUCGUUCCACUGUUCCCGUCGUUCCCGGAUUGGCCGCCGCCGACAGCACUGCUCGCCCCGUUGAAUAAUUACCAACACAUAUAUUUAUACAGUUGACGCCGCAGUCGGUCGUACGUUGUUUUUCUCCGUUUUUUUUUUCAAAUGCUACAGCCACGGCAUUUUGCUUUUACCGAAUAACGUAAUUUGUCGUCCACCCCCUUCCACCAAUCGUCGCCAAACGACGAACACUUCAAAAUGUCUUCUGUUAUCAGCGUUCCAGCAAACGAAGGGAUAAGUGUUAAAAAUGAACACGAUGAUCCUGAAAUCAAUGCAAUGGCUCUCAAAAUGAAAGAAAAUUAUCAAAAAAAUGCAACAGCUGCAGCAAAACAACAGGCUGCUUCUCCGGCUAAUGUUUAUAUAAACAGAGCUGGCAGAGCAGUAACUUUGGUUAAUACACUAAAUUCAACAAAUAAUACACCAAAAAAUGAUCAAGAAAAAUUACCUAAAGAUAGUGAAGAUGUAGAGAGUGUAAAAGGUAUAUUUAGUUGGAAAUUAAUCGCAGGACAUCAGGUACCCUAUAUCACACGAGUAAUAAAUAAUGAACAUUUAAAGUUUGUAUCUGUACGGAUGGCUGAAACUCAGCUACUCAGCAACUAUUUACAUUAUUUACAUGCAGAUAUUUAUACAUGCACAUCAGUAAGAAGUCAUUUUAUCACUGAUGCUGAAGCUAAGUUAUUAAAUGAAAUUAACCAAAAGCAUGUUGACUGUUUAUACGGGAAAGAAAUGUUUUUUGCGGGAAAAGAUUAUAUUGUCCGUUUAGAAGAUGUUCAUGAAUUUUAUACAUUCAUAGAAGUAUGUUAUAAAAAAUUAUUGUGCAACAUUACUCCAGGUCGCAGAGAAAAAUGUGGUUUCAUACGUAUUAACUCUGAAUCUGUUGUACCAUAUUGUAUUAAAGAUGAUCAAAAAUAUGUUCCUCUCUUCUAUUUUGAAGGCGAAACAGAAAACCUAAGACAUCGAGCUGUUAAGUUAGAAAAUUGGAACUUGGCGUAUCUCAAAUUUUGUUGUAAAGUUCAGGGCAUAAGAAAUGAGUUGUUUGCUAGUGACUCUUGUACAGUGACUAGCCUUGAUGAUAUUAAGAAUUAUUUCCCCCCCGAAACCAAUUUUGAAGAAUAUUGGCCAGCUAAGGUGGUUGAUACACAACUCCUAACUAAUCAGAAAUCUGCUCAUGUCAAUCCGCCUGGUGCCUGGAUCAGAGCACCUCCCGAAGUAGUCCCUGCUGAAAACUCGAUUCCUCACGCAUUAACAGCUCCAGCACCUGUCUUACCACAGAGUAUGCCAGUGCCGAUGAACACCUAUCAAAACGGAUGGCCAGCAAACCAAAUGGUUAAUUCAUAUAGCGCUCAGGCUCAGGCGCCAUCAACAACUCGUGGCUACUCUAUUGCAUCCAGAAAUCAAACUAUAGCUGCCCAGUGCUAUAAUGCGGGCACAACAAUGUCUCAAGGUAGCAGUUUGAUGAACGGUGCAGGUCAUGCACCACCACCGCCUUUAGUCCGCGCUGGCAAUACGGCACCAGUAAUUGGUAAUACUGUCUCAUACAGCAACGUUAUACCUAUUAGCCAAUGUAUGACGAGUAUGUACAACAAUCCAUUGACUAAUAGCAAUGCAAUGUCUCAUUCAACUCAAAUGCGGCAAUUCUACGCUCAACGUACUAAUAACAUUAAUCAAGCCCACCAAGAGAUGCAGCAACAGAUACAACAGCAUCAACAGAUACAACAGCAACAACAAAGAAUUUCUACUCCUCAAACUCAGCAAUCAUAUAGUGGCCAAUCUGUGCAUGGUCGUAUAACCAACACUCAACAGCGCAACGCAUUGAGAAAUGUUGCGCCCGCCGUGAUUGCUCCCGCUACUGAAAUCAUUGACUUAUCAUCUCCACCGUCAAGCCCUGUUCCUCCAACUGUGCAAGAGACUUCUCUCCGCUCUAGUGGUGGUUGGGAAUUAACGAGAAUACCUGAACGGAUGUGGGCACAUGACACAUCAAAUAAUGCUGCUUACAAGAUUCAAAAGGCCACACUUCAAGGAAGAAUGAUACACUGCAUAAAUGCUAAACCUUACAUAUAUUCAGAUUUGAUGGUGACAUUAGAUGAUCUAGUCCAGAUGUUGUUGCCUUCCUGUACUGUUGCAAGAUGCGCUUAUGUCUUAAACAAAUAUUUAAAAACUACGCUAUUCAGUGGAAAUUCCGAACAGUUGGCCGUGUUGCGUGAAAAUGGACGUCUCAGGUCAAUGUACCCGGAUGAAACACCGAUGGCUAUGCUGCAAGACGUCACGCAUGUCUUGCCGCAGUUAAAGACAUUGGUGUCCAAGCAAGAUGAACAAUACAGCAAUACCAAUCUGCAGGUGGUCCGUCCAAGAGACAACGCAUCAGCUAGGAAUGGGCCGGGCACGGCGGAAGCCGACCCGACUGGCCAAAGCCGGUGGCGGGCAACAGCAGCAGCAGUGGUGGUGGUGCAACUUCCACCCCCGCACCCACCACUGGUUGGUACUCGCCGACCGCGGCCGACAGCAACGAUUGGCUUAACGCCGGUGCUGGUCCAUCGCAACCGCCGCACCCGCAUCACCCACUGAUACAAAAUAGCUAUCAGACUCGAAGCAACUGGCCUCCGCCCCCGCCCUACAUGUGAAUUGAACUAGUACCGCGACUAAGCAGCAUAGGUAAUCUGUGUGUCUGAAAUGUGCACUGGUCGUCGUUCACCAUCAUCUCUUAUCGUUUUUUUGCUCUCGUUAUUCGUGUUUUCUUUUACUAUUAUUUUUAAUACAUUUCAGCGUAUUAUUUACUAUUUAUUAUUAACUGAAUUCCUGUCCAAAUAAGAUAAUAUUUUGACUAGAUCGACGACGAGAUUCUCAUUCUGAAUACCAAUAUAUUAUGCUUGCGUGUUUUGUUCCUAUAAAUAG